GUUGUGGGUGGAGGAACCGGCGGCUGCGCCACGGCUGCAAAAUUCAGUAAAAUAAUCAAAAAGAAUGAACUUAUAAUUCUAGAACCCAGCGACAAUCACUACUAUCAACCUCUGUUUACAUUAAUUGGCGGCGGCAUUUCUAAUCUCUCAGACGCAAGAAAAGAUACAAAAGAGGUGCUCCCAAAAAAUGCUGUUUGGUUAAAAGACACUGCCGCUGAAUUUAACCCCCAAUCAAAUUCUGUUGUAACACAGAAUGGGGACACAAUCCAAUACGAGUUUCUUUUAGUCGCCACUGGUAUUCAGACCGAUUAUGAUAAAAUUCCAGGUUUAGUUGCUGGUUUAAAUAGCGAUACAGGGGUGUGCUCUAAUUAUUCAGCAAAGUACGUUGAAGGGACGUAUAAAGCAUUACAAAAGUUUGAAAGUGGAAAUGCUAUUUUUACAUUUCCCAAUACUCCAGUUAAAUGUCCAGGGGCGCCUCAGAAAAUUUGUUACAUCACAGAUCACUUCCUAAGAAAAGUGGGAAAACGAGAUAAGGCUAACAUAAUGUACAACACGUCACUUCCUGUUAUUUUCGGCGUAAAAAAAUACGCUGAUGCACUUUGGAAAGUGUGUGAGGAACGCAACAUAAAUGUCAAUUUAAGAACAAAUUUAAUUGAAGUUAGGCCAGACAAAAGAGAGGCGGUUUUCCAAAAUUUGGAUAAACCUGAGGAACUUACAACUUAUCAGUACUCGAUGUUACAUGUAACACCACCUAUGAGCACUCCUCCGGCGUUAAAAAACUGUCGUAACUUAACAAAUGAGGCAGGUUUUGUCGAUGUGGACAAAUCGACUUUACAGAGUACUAAAUUUUCUAAUGUUUUUGCAAUUGGUGAUUGUAGUUCAAGCCCUAAUUCAAAAACGGCAGCAGCUGCAGCUGCCCAAUGUCAAGUGGUCUUUAAAAAUAUGAAAUCAGUUAUGGACGGGAAAACUCCCGUUUCAACAUAUGAUGGUUAUGCGUCUUGUCCUUUAGUGACUGGUUAUAACACUUGUAUUUUGGCCGAAUUCGAUUAUAAUUUAGCUCCAUUGGAAACGUUCCCUUUUAAUCAAGGAAGGGAGUUGUGGAGUAUGUAUCUCAUGAAAAAAAUGUUGAUGCCACCGUUAUAUUGGAAUUUAAUGUUAAAUGGGUGGUGGAAUGGCCCGGCAAUGGUUAGAAAUCUUCUCCACUUGAGAUUUUCACAAAGCAAAUAAAUAAAACCAGUGAAAUAAACAUACAUAAAAUAUGCUGUUAUAUUAAUUAUAUGUUGUAUUAAUUAAUCAUAAAAUUUAUUGUGAAUUUUA